CUUUAUGACAGAUGUGGAAGACCUGGAGCUACCUGUCAGAAUAAGGGUGGCAAAUGGUGAAGAGUUAAUAGCAAAACAGAAAGGGAUAGUUAGGCUCUGGAAUGAUGAACAGAAAAUAAAAUUAGAAGCACUCAUUGUACCCAACCUUAAGCUAAAUCUAUUGUCUGUCAAGAGGUUGGUAUGUUCUGGUAAGCAAGUAAUUUUCAAGGCUAAUAGGGCAGAGAUAAUGGACAACAAUGGGCUUAUAUUGGAGUGUGGUACACUGGGAAAACUAUAUGUUGCUAAGUUCUCACCGUGUAGGCCUAUAGAGGGUGUGUGCUCAGUAGCAGAGGAAGGUGAUUUGUGGCAUAAGAGACUUGGACAUUUAAACCAUAAGGGUUUGAAACAAAUGGGAUUACCCACAUCAAGUAAGGUUUGUGAUGCAUGUAGGCAAGGAAAGGCUAAUAGACAACCUUUCCAUAAGAGCUUUUCACCAAAAUCCUCCCACAUUGGAGAGCUUCUGCACACAGAUAUUGGAGGGCCAAUGUCCACACAAACUAUAAACGGUGAACAGUAUUAUCAGACCAUAACUGAUGAUUUCUCACAUUUUUGUGUAGUUUAUUUACUCAAGACAAAGGCAGAAGCUGCAGAAAAUGUGAUAAGUUACGUUAGACACCUAGAAUCUCGCUUUGGAACAAACUGCACUGCUAGAGUGAGAUGUGACAAUGGAGGAGAAUUUAUGUCUGGGAAACUGAAGGCAUUCUGUGCUGAGAAGGGUGUUACAUUAGAAUAUACCGCACCGUACUCACCACAGAUGAACGGCACUAGUGAAAGAAUGAACAGGACCUUGAUGGAUAAGGUUAGGACCAUGUUUGCUGAAACAGGAUUGCCAAAGCUCUUGUGGGGUGAAGCGAUUCGCACAGCUGCGUAUCAGCUGAAUCGGUCACCCACAGCUGCUCUAGGAGGAAAUAUUCCAGCAGACAUAUACUUGGGUAAAAAUGAUCUGUCAAAACUGAAGGUCUUCGGAGCCAAAGCCUGGAUGAUCAAACUGCCAAAAAGAGAUAAAUUGGAUACCAAGGCUACUCCAAGCAGAAUGGUAGGAUAUGCGCCUAAUGGGUACAGAGUGUGGGACCAGGAAUUAAAUAAGAUACACAUAUCAAGAGAUGUGACCUUUGAUGAAACCGACAUAGUAUUCAAAGAUGAGCAAAAAGCAGAUACCCAACAUUUGAGAUUAGAUGAAGAGAACGUAAAAAAGAAGAAUAUGUGCAGUAACCAAGAGACAACAUCAGAUGAAGUAGAAAACGAAAUGUUCCGAGGGUUUGAAGAGAAAGAAGAACCAACAUUGGAAUUGAAGAGGAAAGUGAGGAAACCUAAACAUCUAGAAAACUAUGAACUAUAUGUGGCAUACUGCUUGAUGUCAGACAAUGAUCCUCAGAGUUAUGAUGAAGCAGUGCACAGGAGUGAUGAGUGGAGAAAGGCAAUAGAGAAAGAAUUGGAUGCACAUAAAAAGUUCCAGACUUGGGUUGAAGCAGAGCUACCAGUAAACGUUAAUCCAAUCGAGACAAGAUGGGUUUUCACUACAAAACCAGACGGAACAAAGAAGGCUCGACUAGUGGCAAAAGGUUUCCAAAGGGACUUACAGGGAGACAGCAAAGGACUUUUGUAUGCACCAGUUGCAAAAAUGCCUACAAUUAGACUUGCAAUUUCGUACGCUCUACAGAAGGAUUGGACAUUUAAACAAAUGGAUAUACCAACUGCAUUCCUAAAUGGUACGCUCGAUGAAGAUGUGUAUAUCGUACAACCAGAGGGAGUAGAAGGAGAAAGUAAGGUACUGAAACUCCAACGUGCCCUAUACGGACUUAAAGAAGCACCGCGUUGUUGGAACCAGAGAUUUAAUCAGUUUACAGAAGAGAAUAGUUUAAGGAGAUCCAAAGUAGAUGUGUGUUUAUAUAUUGGAAAGAGUGUAUGGUUGGUAAUAUGGGUAGACGACAUUCUACUCAUAGGUGAGGGAUCAACAACAGAAGGACUGGCAAAACGGCUCAUAGACGAGUUUGGUGCAAAAGACAUGGGGAGUAUGCAAUGUUUUGUAGGAACAGAAGUAAAGUGGGUCGGUACCAGAGUUGAAUUGUGUCAGCGUAAACUUAUCAAGAAGAUGCUAGAGAGAUUUAAUAUUGAAGAAUGCAAGACCUGUCCUACGCCAAUAGAAGAAAGAAUUGAAGUCAGAGACACAACUGUAGUUGUAAAUGUUCCAUUCAGAGAACUGGUAGGUAGCUUAACAUACCUCUCCCAAACCACUAGACCAGACAUAACAUUCGCAACAUCAUAUCUAAGCCGGUUUUUGGACUGUCCAACAAGACCUGUAUGGAAUGCUGCAAAGAGGGUGCUUCGCUACUUAAAAGGAACAAUGGAUAUCAGCUUGGUGUACGGAAAACAUCCAGAAGAGCAUAACAAGGUUAUAGUCUAUGCAGAUGCAGAUUGGGGAGGUGACAGGAUGGAUCGAAAGAGCAUGAGUGGGAUGGCUUCGUUUCACUGCGGAAAUCUAGUGUCCUGGAGUGCAAAAAAACAGCAGGCAGUAGCGUUGAGCUCGGCUGAAGCAGAAUAUGCAGCAGGAAGUACAGCAGCUGCUGAACUCCUCUACUUAAAGGGACUCUUGUCCGAGUUUGUCGGUCAUGAAAACAAGGGGCAAUACAUAUGAUGCGAAACUAUGAUAACACUAAAAGGUCAAAACAUAUUGACAUCAAAUUUCAUUUCAUUAAGGACAUUGUUGCUAAGAAGGUUUUGAAUGUUGUGUAUGUAGAUUCAAACUCAAAUAUUGCAGAUAUGUUUACCAAGCCACUGAGACCAACCAAGUUCUGUGAGGUUAGGAACAAACUGUGCUUGAAGAUAAAUAAUACAUAAUCCAAUUACAAGUCCGUUUUAUAGUCAUUCACUACUGAAUAGAUAAGACUUGUAAUUGAGAGGGAGUGUUAAGAUGUGGAAUUAUCUUUGGUAAAGUUGUAUAUACUGUUGACGUUUUUUUUUAUGGAACAGUUGGUUAUGCUGGUGUGUUGUGUUAGGAUGUGUAUGUAAACAUUCUUUGUAUCCGACAAAGAAUAUAAUAAAUCUAACAAUUAUCGGACAUUGCAACUGUUUAGAAUGGAAAGAUAAAAAUCGGAAAAUUAUUGUGGUUUUCACACACUACACACAUUCCUAAAUUUACCCAGAAAGCGACGCAGACGCAGCAAGGUGUUGCAGCAUCUUCCGAAGAUCUGUACCAGGCGUUACCGGGAGGAUAGAGCUCCAAACUUUGUUAAAAAAAAAGGUGGGGUAUUUACAAUUGUAAAUACUACUUUACCUAAUGCUCAAGAAAACUAUUUUGUGAGCGGCAGUUGCCAGCCCGCUGCUAUGGUGCAUCACGAGAGGUUAGCAACGAUCGGCAGCGGCCCAUUCUUUGUUUACAUUGUAGUUUCAGGAACUUUGCUGACCAUGGCAUCGACCAGGGAGAGACGGGUCAAUGCUGGCAAUCGAAUGUCAAAACUGCUGAACGAGGAGGAAGAGGAUGAAGUAUACAAAACGCUCUAUGGAGGUUUCAACGACGUUGAAAACGACAUAGACUAUCAAGCCGAGGAAGAGGGUGAGGACGAAGUGGAUUCGGAUUUCAGCAUAGAAGAAAAUGAUGAACCGGUUUCGGAUGUUGAAGACGAAGGCCCGAAACGGCAGCGUCGACUCAUCACCAAAGCAUACAAAGAACCCGUUGUCGUUUUGCGCAAGAUGGAAAAGCCGUCAGAACCUAAGCCAAAGAAACAGAAAAAGGUGAAAAUCCGUGGUUUUGAUGCUUUUGAAAGAAAGUCAAUUCGGAGAUCAACUGCAGCCAAGUCUGCUGCGACGCAGCAGCGCCUGAAGGAACGAACAGAGGAAGGAAGGAGACGUAAAAGCAGAAGAAAGAAAGCAGAAGAUGUUUGGAAGCCAACCCAAGAAGAACUUCUGGAAGAGGCAAAAGUCACGGAGAAAGAAAACUUGAAGUCUUUAGAAAAGUAUCAGAAGCUGGAAAUGGAAAAGAAAAAGACACGGCCGGUGAAGAAAGCGUUUGAGGGUCCCGUCAUUCGCUACCACUCGACCACGAUGCCCCUGAUAUCGGAGUUGCAGGAGCAACAGCAAGACGAGGCCGACAUCAACGUCGACGGAGGAGAGGAGGUGACCAUGAGUGGCAGGAAAGACGAUGCUGGCGAUUUGGGGGAGCCACUUUCGAUCGCCAAACAAGAGGAAGAUGUGAAAGACGGUGUGAAAGACGGUGCCGGUAAGUACGAGAGGACGUUCAUCACGUUCUUGGAUGAGAAGACGUUCGAUAGGGCGUUCCCCUGCAGGCGACCGAAGGUGCCCGAGAGGAGAAGGUGUGCCCUGUCGGGACUGGACGCUCACUUCGUGGACCCGGUGACGAGCCUCCCGUACUACAACAUCCAGGCGUUCCGCGUGAUCCGGCAGUCGUACUGCUACCAGCUGGAGCGGCACGGGGACCGCGGCAACCCGGCCGUGGCCCGCUGGCUCGACUGGCGGGCGAGGACCAAGGACAGGCCGCGGGCCGUGGCGAUUGACGCCGGCACCGAGGACAGCUUUCUUCCGCCGGUGCCCGUGUCGCAGAUCAAGCGAGAGGUCCUCUGAACUGGGCACCUCGUAUUACAAGAACUUGAUGAGCUGGUCGUGGGAGCUGGAGGCCACGUAGGUGCCGUCCCCGCUGAUGUCCAGGCACUCGACCGAGAACUGGUGCUGCCCGACGACCCCCAGGUGGCGGUGGGGGAACAUGUGAGUCGCCCUGCGAGCAAGACGGUUGCCGUAGCUUUGCAGACGGGGAUUGUGCAGUGAACUUGUGCAUUACAACCAGAAUAAAAAACCAGUUAAGCUUU